AUGAGUACCUGUGAUAGUCUGGGAAGUAGCAGCGCCAAAGUAGAAGGCGCGGGGGAUGAGGGGACCACGCAGAAGGGGGACUACCCCGUGGAAGAGGAAAACCAGGGGGAAGCCAACCCAGGGGAAAUAAAAUCAACCCAUCUGAAUGAACACCCGAAGGAGGAAGAAGAAGCCGAGCCUCAAGCACUCACCCUGGACGACGAUAUAAACAUCAGCCUAAUUAUAGAGCGCCUAUCAAGGGAAGAACCAGAGGCGUUGGCAAAAAUAUACAACCUGAUCAGAAACAACAACUGCCUUCAUUUCUACCCCCUCCUGACUCCAUAUCAUAAUAUAAAAAAAAUCGUAGACCUUCUAAUUGAGGAGAACUACGAACACGAAAACACAUGGUGUGUUCACUGUGAUGGUUCAUUCAUCAGCCAACUUCUCUACGAGGGCUUCAUCCCCGUGGCGACCAAACAGAAGGUAUAUAAAGUGGAAAACAAUCAAAUGAAAAUGGUCAGGGAAUGCCUAUUAAUCCCGAAGAUACACUUCAUCCGAUCUUGUAUGCACCCCAGUGAAAUACACAUAUCGAAAAAGGUAAAAAAGAAAUGUAAAGGUUACGACAUCACCGUGGACAGAGAUUUCGAUGGAGUCCUCCAGGGUAUUGUGGAGAAACAUGGGCAGAAUUGGGUCUACCCAUUUGUGCAAAAGGAAUUCAAGAGGAUUUUUGAAAAAGAAGUUACCUACAAGAAUGUAUGUAUGCAUUCCGUCGAGUUAUGGUGUGAUGAUAUUUUAGUUGCAGGAGAGAUUGGGUGCACGGUGGGUUCUAUUUACACGAGCCUUACAGGUUUCCAGAGGAAGAAUUCGGCGGGGACCAUUCAGCUUUGUGCCCUUGCGAAGCUACUACAGGAGCAGAAGUUUGAUCUGUGGGAUCUGGGUAUGCUUCUCCCCUAUAAGAAAACCAUCGGGUCUAAGGAAAUCGCAAUGAAGGAUUUCUUUAAGAUGCACCGUGAGUUCAGACACCGGAGCGCGGACUUUCGCGUCCCCUUCCGGGACAAGCUCAACUGCGCCGUCCUCAUCAAAGGCAAGGCGGACGUGCGUCCAGAGGUGCGACAAGAAGUGCGGCCUGAAGUAAACCCUGAAGUGCAACCAGAAAGGAACCCAGAAGGGAACCCUGAAGUGCAACCAGAAAGGAACCCAGAAGGGAACCCUGAAAAGGGAACCCUGAAGUGCAACCAGAAAGGAACCCAGAAGGGAACCCUGAAGUGCAACCAGAAAGGAACCCAGAAGGGAACCCAGAAAUGA